UCUCAGUCCCGGAUAGGUCCAACAAACGAAAAAGCAGCGCGAAGAGCACAAAAAGAUACAUGUGUACACGUCUAGCAUGAUGGCCUCCAAGACCGUUAUCAGAGCCCUCGACCACAUCGUGUUCACGGUCCGGUCCAUCCCCGCCACCGUGAGCUGGUACACGCAGCACCUGGGCAUGCGCCACGAGGUCUUCCGCCCACCAGCUGACCCCUCCGUCGAGCGCCACGCGCUGGUCUUCGGCUCGCAGAAGAUCAACCUCCACCAAGCCGGGCGCGAGUUCGAGCCCAAGGCCAAGACGCCGUUACCCGGCUCCGCAGAUGUCUGCUUCCUGACCGAUACGCCGGUCGAGGAGGUGCUUGCCGAGCUGAGAAGCAAGGACAUCGAGGUCCUCGAGGGAGGCAAGAUCGUGGAAAGGACGGGCGCGGUGGGGAAGCUGAAGUCCGUUUAUGUUCGCGACCCGGACGAGAACCUGAUCGAGAUCUCAAAAUACGUGUGAAGGGACGAACUGUGGUGUUUGUUUCCGGAGGCGGGACUGCCGUUUUGAAUGGACGACUCUCAUGGCCAAAGCUUCACGUGACAGGCUGACUCCAGCCUUUUCGUUU